AUGAAUCUUACUCGUCCUCGCUCUCGUGGCGUUCGUUUCUGCCGACAAGAGGCCAUCUUACUCUUAUGGCGUUCCUCAGGUACGUCUAUGGAGGAGGACUCAAGCGAGGAGUCUGCUCCUCCGAAGUACGAGUUCCAGUAUGGCGUGAAGGACGGAUACUCGGGCGUGGACUUUGCCCAUGGAGAGUCCCGUGACGAGGAUGAGACUCGAGGCUCUUACACGGUGCAGCUUCCCGACGGCCGCCUGCAGAGGGUGACGUACUACGUGGACGGCGACGACGGAUACGUGGCCGACGUGACGUACGAGGGCGAGGCUCAUUUCCCGGAGUCCGAGGAGUCCCGAGAGGCUCCUGCGUACGCCCCACCGAGGCCCUCCUACGGGUACUCGCAAUGA